UUAUAGUGUACCGACGAUAAGCUGUGCUAGACACUCUCUCGAUCUCCCCUGUCCAGAGCUAAUUCAGGUGAUCGCAGUUCAACACAACGCUCAGAAUGGCAAAGAAGUCUUCGUCGAGGGUGGCGUUGUUGAUAGUACUGAUACAGCUGCUACUGCUGGUCGAUGAACGAUACGCUCAGUCGGCAAAGAACUGCAGAUGUGUUGAGAAGCACCGUUGCAAAGCCGAAGGCAGUACCGACGUCGUAGUGCUUCCGUCUACGAUAACUCCUGCUAAUGUGCUGACUGUGGCUGGAGAUAUCGAUCUUAGAUUUGACGAGAAUCAUUGCGAACGAGUGGAGAUAUGCUGCGAAGAAAAGGACAUCACCAACUCCAGACUCACAGAGCAUGUGGCGUUCGAUCGUUGCGGGAUUCGAAAUUUAAACGGUAUUGGGUACAGAUUGGUUGGUGACAAAAUUGGCGUUUCGGAAUAUGGGGAAUUCCCGUGGACGUUGAUGGUGCUGAUCAACCAGCAGGUCGUGGAGAUCUCCAAGCAGGUUUACCUUUGCGCUGCUUCCCUGAUUGCGCCAAAUCUGGCACUGACGGCGGCACACUGCGUGAAGCAGAAGGAGCAGUACUUUGUGCGUGCCGGCGAGUGGGACACCAAUACGGAUAAGGAGCGCUUCCAGACGCAGACCCGCGAGGUGGCACAGGUGAUCAUCCACGAAAAGUACAACCAGCUGCACCACAACAACAUCGCCCUCCUCAAGCUGGACAAACCAUUCGAAGCGGACGAGAACAUCCAGACGAUCUGUCUGCCCCCACCGGACGCCAACUUCAACGGGCACGACUGCUUCACCGGCGCUUGGGGCAAGGACAAGUUCGAGGAGGGCCGACUGCAAAACAUUCUGCGCCGGGUGGAAGUCCCGGUGGUUCCCCAUGACAAGUGCCAGGACGCGUUCCGAUCGACCCGGUUGGGACCGUUUUUCGUGCUGGACAAAAGUUACAUGUGCGCCGGCGGUGAGGAGAACGUGGACGUUUGCACCGGGGACGGGGGAGCACCCCUGGUUUGUCCCAUUGCGAGUGGAAACGAUCGGUACUUCCAGGCGGGAAUCGUCGCUUGGGGCAUCGGAUGCGGCCAGAAGGGCAUUCCGGGUGCGUACACCGAUGUGACCAAGUUCGUCGCGUGGAUCUACGACAAGAUGGCGGCGCUGGGAGUGGAUCCGGCGGCGUCGAAGUAUUCGCUGUUUUAGGGAGGGAAGUUUAGUUUUUAAAGUAAUUAUUUAUUAUUCUGACAUGUAUGUUUGAUUGGAGUCAAAACAGAUCAAAAUAUUAGUGGAGGCAAUAAAACCAUCUUAUUAACAUAGAUAGUGAAAGCAAUGCAUUUUACAUGAAAAAUAAAAACGAGAUAAAAGAUU